AUGGGUGUACGAGGAUUAACAACCUACUUACAAAGUGAUCCACGAAAUUUUGUUGAAUAUCAAUUACAUAAUACAACUGUGAUUAUUGAUGGAUUGAAUUUUUUAAAUUUUCUCUAUUUCGAUUCUGGAUUAUAUACACAAUUUAAUGGAGAAUAUUUAGCAUUCAGUGGAGUAAUUCAUCGUUUUAUCAAUACAUUAAAACGGUGUAAUAUAAACCCUAUUUUUGUUCUAGAUGGGUGUCAUGAUCAUUUCAAAUUGAAUACACAAAUGAAAAGAAAUUAUCAACGAAUGCAAACAUGUCGUCAAUUAUUAAAUUAUAUUAAACAUGAUCAAUUAUCAUCAACUCAUUCAUUAUAUAAUGUUCAAUUACUUCCACCAUUAACCAUUAUAACAUUUAUUCAAAUAUUAAAUCAAUUAAAUAUUCAUUAUAUUACAUGUGAUAGUGAAGCAGAUCAAAAUGUAAUGAAUUUAGGCAUAUAUUUUAAAUGUCCAAUUAUAAGUAAUGAUUCCGAUUUUUAUAUCACUAUCCCUAAUCAUAAUGAUAAUGAUAAUGAUGAUCCAAUGAAUGAUGAUGGUGUCUCAUUUCUACCGUUAUCAUUUAUAUCAUUUAAACCAAUAAUGAAUAUAAUUCAAUGUUAUUCUUGUCAAAAACAUAACCAAGUAUGUAUGUAUUUAAAGUGUCAAAAAUUUUUAAUUAAUGGACCAGGUUUAAAAAAUUUAUCGAUUGAUCAACGUUCAUUAUUAGCUAGUUUAUUAGGGAAUGAUUAUAUUUCAUCUAAUCGAUUUAUCAAUAAAUUACCUAUAUCAUCUAAUGGUAAAACAAUCUUAUUCAAUAAUAAUAAUAAUAAUACUGUGACUAAACAAAUGAAAUUAAAACGUCGUAAAUUGAUUAUAUUACAAUUAAUUAAUUGGUUAUUACAAUUUAAUGAUAAUAAUACUAAUCUUGAUAAACCAAUUCAAUGUCUAUUAAAUAAAUAUCCUAAAUUAGAACGUAAUCAAUUAUAUCAUCAAUUAAUGUAUAGUAUUAAUACUUAUCAUAUUCAUCCAAAUUUAUUCUAUUUACAUUUUAAUAAUGAUUUGAAAUCAUUUAAAAGUAUUACUACAUUUGUGAAUAAAAAUAAUAUAAAAUCUGAUAUUAGUUGUAUUGGCAACAGUAGUAAUAGUCGUCCUUCUGAAUAUAAUAAAGAAAUUGAUGAAAAUCAAAUAUUAACUAUUAAAGAACAACAACAACAAGAAGAAGAAGAUAGUGAUGAUGAUGCUGAAGAUGAUAGUCGUAAUACAAUGAUGAAAUCUGUCAGAAUUCAACAACAAUCAUCACUAUUGAAUUCAUCAUGUUCUUCUGAAUCUGAUAGUGAAAUUGAUGAAAAUCAAAUAUUAACUAUUAAAAAACAAGAAGAUGAUGAUGGUCAUGUUGACUAUAAUAACAAUAAUGAUGAUGAUGCUGAAGAAGAUGAUGAUGAUGGUAGUGAUGUUAAUGAACUGAAUGAAUAUAAUACUAAUGAAUCCAUUCAUAUUAGUAAUAAUUCAUAUAAAAUAACAACAUAUUGGCCUAAUGAAUUAAUAAAUUCAUUUAGAAAAUAUUUAAUUUUACCAAUAUUUUUAGAUAGUAUCUUAUCUUAUGGUACAAUAUGUCUAUGUUGUAUAGAAUCCUUAUAUCAUUAUUCAUCCAUUUAUUCUAAUACAAUAUAUCUUCGUACAUUAAUUUAUAAUUUAUUAUUAGGCAUUGAAUCAAAUUAUACAUUACGUUAUCCAAAUCAAUUAAUUGGUUUAAAUCAAUUUAAGAAUAAUAAUAAUACUUUGUAUUAUAUUAUAGAAUAUGAUCGUAAAAAUGCAUUUCAUAUAAAAAAACGUAAAAUAUUUGUUGAACCAAUACACUUAUUAUCAUUAUGUAAUACUCCUCCUCCUUCUCCUCCUCCUCCUACUACUCCUCCUCCUACUACUACUAAUAAUAAUGAUAAUAAUGAUAAUAAUAAUAAUAAUAAUAAUAAUAAUAAUAAUAAUGAACUAAAUAUAAAAAGAGAUCAACGUUUAAUAUUUCUUCAACAAUAUUUAAAUCUGGAUUAUCAUUUUAUGGAAUUACAUAAUGAUUGGUUAAUAUCUAUUGUAUUAAUUAAUGUAUUGAAUUAUAAAAGUCAAUCUAUACCACUUUAUACUACUACUAAUACUACUACUACUACAACUACUACUGAUACUACUAAUACUACAACUACUACUGAUACUACUACUACUAAUACUACUAGUAAUAUUGAUAUCACUCAAUGUCCUAUCUCAUUGACAUUUGGUGCUAUAUGUAUAUGUACAUAUUUAUUAACCAUUCAUUCUAAUCAUCAUUUAUCAUCCUAUAAAUUAUUAAAUAAACAUUAUUAUAAAUGUGCAAAUCAUUUUUUAAAACAAAUAAAAUCUUUUAUAAAUAUUAAAAAAACUGUUAAUAAGAAACAAUUAAAUGGAUUAAAUAUUAAUUAUGUACAUAUAUAUGGUCAAUUACAAAUGAUUUAUAUGACAUUAUCUACAUUAAUUCAUUUAUUAGAUACCAUAGUAACAAUAAAUCAAAAAAAUCAAUUGAAAACUUGUUUAAAUUUUUUAUCGAUUUAUUUCAUGUUUCCAAGUGGUUAUCUUUUUCAUAAUAUAUGUCAUUGUAUUAGUUUAAUUCCAUCCAAUAAUAAUAAUAUUAAUAAUAAUAAUAAUAAUGAACGUUAUCAUUAUGUACGUAAUGUAAUUAUCAAAGAAUUAUUAAAUUAUAAUCAUCAUACUAAUCAAUAUUUAAAUGAUGCAUUUGAUUUAUUUGAUCAAUAUUUACAAAUGUGUAAUAGUAAUCCAUUCAAGAAUGUAUUGAAUAAAUCUUUGAAAAAAUCCAAUUUUAUAAAUUAUUCAAAACCAUUAAAAGAUAAUGUAAUAAAACAAGAUUUAUUGUCCAUAGCAACAACACCACCACCACCACCAACAACAACAAAUAAACCAAUUCAAAUGAAAAUGAAAAAAAUAAAGAAAAAGUGUAAACCAUCAAAAAAUAAUAAACAAUGUAAACAAUUAUCUUAUGCUGAAAUAGAAGAGAAAGUUAGAAAAUUAAUGUUAGAAAAUGGUUUAUUAGAUUGAAGAUAAAAAGUAAGAAGAGAUUCUUAUCAUCUGUGUAUUGUAAAUAGUAUUUUUUUUUAAAAAAAUACAUGGUAUUUAUUGAAGAAUUCUUUUAGUGUUUUGUUCUACAUUAAUGAAGUAGAUAUUAGAUGUUUGUUUAGUUUAAGAUAAUGAAUGAUACAAACAAGGACUUACUUUACUUAUUUACUUAGGCCUCUUCCUCCCAAUGGUGCUCCCAAAUGCCCUGUUACGGCCGAGAGUAGGGAGAGUCCGCUCUCCCUCUCCAAAUGCUCUCACAUAGCCACGCGUAUAUAGCC